AUUUGCUCUCAUUGUCCUGUGGUGCGGAUGCAGAUCGGUUGACUAUAUAUAAUGCUACUGUAACGCCUUGGUCGAGUGAUGAAAAGUGAAGCUCAUCAUCAGCACUCAUCAUCAGCACUCAUCAUCUUACCAUUUCCAUCUCAACCACAACAAAACAUCAAAGCAACAAAUCAUCCACCAUGACUGAGACAGUUCUUAUUUUCGGUGCCUCCGGCAACAUGGGCGUGUCAGCCGUCAUCGCCGCCCUGCGCUCUGGUCGCCAGGUCAUUGCCGUCGUCCGCAACAAGGCCAACGCCGAGAAGAUUUACAAGUACGCCGGCACCCGUGAGGGGAUCACCGUCGCCGAGGCAGACCCCACUUCCGAAGAUUCGCUCCGAGCUCUCAUCGACCAAGUCCGUGCAGGGAAGCUACCCAGCUUCCAGCACGUGUGGGCGUCCUGCGGUGGCAUCUACUGGGAAACUCCGCUCCUCGAAAUCGAGUCCGACGCAUUGCGCGAGAUCUUGAAAGUGAACGUCGAAUCCUACGUCUAUGUCUACCGCGCCACUGUGCCCUACUUGCUCGAGAAGGGCUUCGCGGGUAGCACUUGGACUCUAUGCACCGGCGCCCAGGGUGACUGGGGCCAUCGGGCAGGCCCGGCGAUCACUCAAGGCGCUCUUUUCAGCCUCGCCAUUGCGGCCGCUCGUGAGACCGAGAAGACUGUUGUCCGCUUCAACGAGGUAUACCUGGCCUAUCGCGUUCAGGUCGAGGUGGAUGGCCCGGAUUUCUACGGCAUGCCCCUCCAAUCAUCCGAGGCCUUUUCGCCCUUGUACCAGAAGGUCCUUGACGGGUCUGAUAUCAAGGGCAGCCGGAUCAGUGCUCUUGGUCCCAAGGAUGUCAUCGACUUGUCCGUCAAGAAGUUGUUCUGAGGACAGUUGAUGUUACUGAGCCGGACUUUCACGACGUGCAGGAACGGGACUAUCAGUCAUCGGGCGGACAACAACACCAAAGUUUUGUUCACCUAAGUCUAGCAUA